GAGGAGACCCGGAUAAAUAUAGGUAUACACUGUCUGCCUCGUCGAGGCGGCGCAUGGAACGCUAUACGCUAGUUUUAUAACUAUCACGGCUUGAUGUCCAAUCGUGCAAUGCAGAUUAGGAUAUUGCGAUCGCACGAUGUCCAAUUAUUUCCAGGGGCUGAGUUUAUCACUCUUGGUUCUCAGGCCGGCUUCUAUCGACAUUCCUCCCCUGAGCGUGACAACUAAUAUCAAGAUGGCAAGCCCAUUCGACACGAUUAUUAUAACCGAUGAUGAGGAAUUGCCAAGCCUCGAGCCAGGUAGUUCACAACCUCGGAGGGCCUCUUGCCGUGAUUACAGUUACCGGAAGUUUGAGAACCUGGUCGUUGAAGCAGUCAAUGAAACGGAAACAACACCAUCACAUAAAUGCAAAAGAACUGAAACGAAGGAGCCGUCUGCACUGGAUAACGCCUUUGAGGAGCUCCGAAAGGCAGUUAACCAUAAAAUUAAACAGCUACAAGAGAAAAAUCGCAAUCUUCGAGAUGAACUUCACCAGGAGAGGGAGAGGCACCAAAAGGAACUUUUUCAAGUAAAGGAGGAGCACCAAAAGACGCAGGAGGAACUUUCCCAGCAAAGGGAAAAGCGUGUUUUAGAGUGCAAUAUCUGCUAUAGACAGCCAGAUCGCUGGGUGGUCAUUCAGUGUGGGCACAUGUUCUGCAGGUCAUGCUUUAAAGCUCUUAGAACAGAGGGCUGUCCAACCUGCCGAAAAGAAAUGACGGGAUUUAUGGGAUGCUACCCUUUUGCAGGAUAAAGCAUGUAUAUUGUGUUGCAAGUCUAGUUCAAUGACUCGAGUUCAAGCCGUU